CUGAUAACAAACUAUUCAUCGAUCAUAACCUAAAACAAUAACAUUCCACAUGUUUUCCAAAUAACAGUGUUUUUUUUUAAUUAUUUCCAAUUAGUAAAUAUGAUUCAAUUAAGCUAUUGAUUAAAAAUAGUAUUCUAAAAAACUCACCCUUUAAUUGAUGGUCGAUGAAUGAUAUUAUUCAAGUUCUCUUGCGGUAAGAUACCAAGUAAUAAAACUAGCCUAAUAUGAAACAAUUCAUUAUUGACUGAGACCUGUCAGUGAGAAGUCGUUAAAAGCUCCAGGAUAGCUUGAAGGAACAAGGAACAUUUGGUGCUCAGUUCUCAGUGCUGAUUUGAGUGACUCGCAUUCACAAAAAGGAAGGCUCACUCAGUUGAAACAUGAGAUUCAAGUUCUGUGGAGAAGGCGAUUGUCCUGACUGGGUCUUGUUGCAGAUCAAUGCCUUAUCCCGUAUGAGUUCAGUUAAAAUGAAAAUCCUUUGCCAAACAGUUGCCAAGUCCUUGGUCGAUAACGAAUUGGAUUUUGAGAAAGUCAAGAAGCUGACUGCUGAUGCAAAAUUAGAACUGGACGACAUCAAGACAAGCCUGCUGGCGAUUGCGUUCAUAAUGGAGAGUUCGACCCGGUACAACACGUCUGACGCGGCGCUAAGCAACGAGCUGCAACAGAUAGGGCUGCCCCACGAGCACAGCCAGGCCAUUUGCCGAGUCUACAACGAGCACUCGCCGAGCAUCGCCGCCUGCCUCGUCGAGAAGAGUCUGCGGACGUCGCGGCUGCGGCAGGCGGUGGCCUCCGUUCAUGGCGGCCACUUCGACCUGCAGCUGGACAUAUGGCGGGCAUCCGACCCCGCCCAGGCGCACACGCAUCACGUGACACUGUCCAAGCCGCAGAUGGCGCUGCUCAUUAGUGAGUUGAAGACAGUGAAAUCUCAGAUGGCUCAACUGCAGAAUGAGAUCCAAUGAGCAUCAAUUGAAAGGCGAAUCGCUUAGAACAUGGCAUAUGGGGCUUCAUUCCAUCAACAUUACUGAGGUGUUUUGUUUUAAAAGUUUAUGGUAUGAUUCAAGUUGUGACAUUGCUGCAUAUUUAUAUGAUCUGUAGAUCAUUCAUAUAUCAUAAUAUAUAUUGGUAUACACUAUCAUAUUCUUAUACUAUAUUCAAAUAUGGUACUCAUUUUAAUAAAUGUAUUGAAAAUUU